CCAACUGACACGUGUCAAAACCCAGUUCGUCAGCACCUCCAUGAACCAGAUAACUCGCACACCAUGGAACACAAGCAGAUUCAAGUCAAACAAUAGCCUCUUAACCACCCAAAUGUCUCCCAUUGUACUCUGCUUCACGAUGGGCUAAGGGCUAAAUGUUAGCCACCGGCGACUAUCCCACCCACCAAAUCCAAAAAUCGGAUCCAGCCCAGGCCGAGACGACACCACCAAGAGUCCUGACCAUAAUUUCCUCAGUGCUAGAAAAGCUAGUGGCCAGAAACGACAAGCUUGUUGAGGUCCUGAGCAAGCAGCUAGAUGGGUUGAACUGCCAUGGUAGCUCUGGUCGGCUAGGGAAAAGCUUGCAUGCAUUUCAUGGCGUUAGGGCUCCUAAUAUAAGCAUACCGAAGUACUUGGAGAGGAUAUACAAGUACACAAAUUGCAGUCCUUCUUGCUUUGUGGUAGGAUACGUUUACAUAGACCGGCUGGCGCAUAAGCAUCCUGACUCCCUCGUCGUAUCCUUGAAUGUGCAUCGAUUGCUGGUUACUAGUGUCAUGGUUGCUUCGAAGUUGCUUGAUGAUGUGCAUUAUAACAAUGCCGUCUAUGCUCGCGUCGGAGGAGUGACCAAUGCUGAGCUGAACCGGUUAGAGCUAGAACUGCUUUUCCUUUUGGAUUUUGGGGUCACAGUUAGCUCCCGAGUUUUUGAGAGCUAUUGCUUGCACUUGGAGAAAGAGAUACUGACUGAUGGUGUUGAACAGCAAAUUGAAAGGGGAAGGAGCCCCGUUGCCAUGGAUGAUGUGACUGAAAUCUCAGUUGAAGACACACAAAGUUGUUCACCACCUCAAGCGGUGGACUGACUGGCCCCAAACUCCUCUCUCUUCAUAUCUACGCCUUACAGUAAUUGAAUUCAUCUCUGUUGUUUUGCAUUAACUCUC